CCAAUGAUGUAGACUGUGCUGCGCAAACAGUAAUGAAUUUAGACAUGACGUACACGAAAUCGGGAAAAUUGUGAAAGAUCUUCCUGCUUAAAAGUUUCUAGGAGUAUGGCCGAGUCUUCCCAAAAGAGGCAGUCUCUGGAAUAUCUUGACUUCGAUCGCGAAGAUGACUCCGAAACAUACGGAGGUACGCGCUCUCAGGAUGAGCCUGCGGAGGUCGAAGAGCCCGCUGAUCCCUUGGCUUCAACGUCAACACAUUACGAUGAUUUUCACACGAUAGACUGGCAGCGAGACAUCGCUGCUGAGCGUCAGCGACACCGAGUCAUCUUGAAACGGAAAGGGACACUUCCAGGACUAUUGCUCGCUGGUUUCGAUGCCUGUUCCGGUUGGCUCUGUGUUCUCAUCGUUGGUGUGCUAGCCGGUUUCAUCGCAGGUGUCAUAGACAUAGGCGCAGCAUGGAUGAAGGAUUUGCGCGAGGGUGUCUGUCCUGACGCUUUCUGGCUGAAUAAAGAGCAGUGCUGUUGGUCCUCAAACGAGACGUCGUUCGAAGGCGAAACCUGUGAUCAAUGGCGCUCAUGGCCCUCGACUGUCUUCACAUCCAUCGAUACUUCAGGGGGAUGGCACUACAUUCUGGCUUGGUUGACAUAUCUAGCCCUCUCAAUCCUGAUGGCCGGCUCUGCUGCUCAACUUGUCAAGACUUUCGCUCCCUAUGCGAGCGGUUCCGGUAUCCCAGAGAUCAAGACAAUCCUCAGCGGUUUCGUUAUUCGAGGUUACCUCGGUAAAUGGACACUUUUGAUCAAAUCUGUUGGCCUAGUGCUGGCGGUCGGUGCCGGACUCUCAUUGGGAAAAGAAGGACCGCUCGUCCACGUCGCGUGCUGUAUUGGGAAUAUUGUCGCCUAUGCCUUCCCUAAGUAUGGUAAAAACGAGGCCAAGAAACGAGAAAUUCUUUCUGCCGCCGCCGCAGCAGGUGUUUCCGUGGCCUUCGGCGCACCCAUCGGUGGAGUUCUGUUUUCUUUGGAAGAGGUUUCCUACUACUUCCCUCUAAAGACACUUUGGAGGUCAUUCUUUUGUGCUUUGGUGGCGGCGUCGGUUCUCCGCAGCAUAAAUCCAUUCGGAAAUGAUCAUCUGGUCAUGUUCUCGGUCAAGCACGACUUCUCCUGGUCCUCAUGGGAAUUGCUUCCAUUUUUGCUGCUGGGAGUAUUGGGAGGCAUUAUUGGCACUGUGUUCACGAGGUUGAACCUGCGUUGGUGCAAGUUCCGUAAAGAGUCAUCACUCGGCCAUUACCCUAUCUUCGAGGUUCUAGCCGUUGCCGCCGUCACGGCCCUCUUCUCGUUUCCGAAUCUGUACACGCGAAUGAACACUUCCGAUCUCAUCAAACUCCUCUUUGUCGACUGCGGCAUAGGCGAUAGGACUCCAUUGUGUGACUACAAAAGGAACUUUACGGAUGCCAAGUCUCGGAUUGAUAUAGCAGAGGCAGGAGAUGGCGUUUACACUGCCAUGUGGGAGCUCGGUCUCGCCUUCGUCCUCAAAAUCUUCAUUACGGUUUUCACUUUCGGCAUGAAGGUGCCUGCUGGGAUAUUUAUUCCUUCUCUUGCGAUGGGUGCCAUAAUCGGACGAGCCAUGGGAGUUGCGGUCGAGCAGGCGAUCUGGAAUCACAGAACGUCUUGGCUCUUCAAUGAGAUAUGCGCCAGUGGAGAAGGCUGCAUACCGCCCGGUCUCUACGCCAUGGUUGGGGCGGCAGCGUGUCUCGGAGGGGUCACCAGAAUGACGGUCUCACUCGUCGUUAUAAUGUUCGAGUUGACCGGAUCAGUGAAAUAUAUCCUGCCGCUGAUGACCGCCAUCAUGGCCGCCAAAUGGGUCGCGGACGCAUUGAAUAAGGAGGGGAUAUACGAUGCGCAUAUAGGUCUCAAUAAUUACCCGUUCCUCGACACGAAGGAAGAGUUUCAUAAUACAUCGAAAGCCGGAGAGGUCAUGAGACCUCAACCCGAAGAAGGGCCACUCAAGGUUCUCCUGCAAGAAGGCCUCACGGUUGAUCAGCUGACCGCAUUCCUGGGAGCAAACACUCAUAACGGGUUCCCAGUCGUUGUGUCCGAAACAGACAAGUCACUCAUCGGCUUCGUUAAACGGAAAGAUCUCACAGUCGCGCUCACCAUGUUGAAUGCCGCUGAGAACAUCGUCGGGUCGAGCCCGGUCGUUUUCUCGUCGCAUCCUCCGGCGUCGAAUCCUCCUCCAUUAAAACUGAGAAGGUAUCUCGACAUGGCACCCUUAACUGUCACGGAAAUGACGCCAAUGGAAACUGUUGUCGACAUGUUCCGUAAAUUAGGAGUGCGACACGUGCUCGUCACAUCAAACGGCACGAUAAGAGGAGUCAUCACGAAAAAAGAUGUGCUCCGGUAUGUCAAAACUAUGAAGGGAGAAUAUGAUGGAAUUCUGAUUAAUCAUCGACAUGUAAAUACUUUCGGAGCCGUGGAUACGUGAUCCUUCAGCGGGCUCGGAGAGAGUCCAUCUUGGCCACAAGUGUUCAUCUGGCUCGUUGGGCCAAGAGUGUCGGGAGGAGCAUUCCCCAUGUUUCGUCUUCGUUUCAACCAAUCCAUUUCUACGUGUUCUUCUUGUAUCGCUCGUUUGAUUUCCGGAAUGGGACAGAAUUAAUAUAAUUGACGCUGUAUUUUCCUGGGAAUGAACAUGCAUCAAUGACAAUAAGUGAAUAAACGAAGCACAGGUAACGAUG